AUGCUUACUGAGAGCGAGAGAGUUCUCAGUAGUUCAUCGAUGGACGAGAGUGUCCUAGAUGAAAAGACACGAGUUGAGCGAUAUGACUCCCAAUCGUGGGAAUCGCUCAAGACAAAUCCUCUCUAUGAAGAUUUGGUUGAAUUCAAGGAUGUAUUCCCUGAAACUGUUCCGUGCGAGUUACCGAAGUAUAAAGGUAUUCGACACGAGGUCGAGCUUAAACCAGGCUCGAAGUACUGUGUCAUGAAGCAGUGGCCACUGCCUCGUGAACAAGUACUUGCGAUCGACAAGUUCUUUGCCGAUCGUUUAGCUGCGGGCCAUGUGAGGGAAUCAACUUCCCCACAUAGCUCUCCGACCUUCUGUGUGCGAAAAGUAACAGGAGGGUGGCGGAUAGUGCACGCGUUCAACAAGUUGAAUGCUGCAACGGUACCGGCUCAAACGCCGAUACCGAGGAAGGACGUAAUCAUUGAUGGUAUGUCAAAGAGUACCAUCUUUUCGUCCAUGGAUUUGAUGGAUGGCUUCUAUCAAAAUCCUUAUGCGGGAACGGGAUAUACCCUAUACCGCAGUUAG